AUACUUUCGUCGUAAAUGCUCUGUGGCGCCAAAAAUUCAAAAGUAUCGCGCAGCGCCAUCCGGCUUCCUGCUAUUAGGUCAGCUGAUUGUUGUCCCUCCUUGUGUCUACAAUCUCCUUUUUCCCUUGAAAGAACUUUAAGUGCUUCGGUUUCUUCACAUGCACCCAUUAGCUUCAUAAUGCAGAUGAGGGAUCCACUUCUGAGUAUGAACGGCGAGCCGUCUAUACAGGAUGACUUCAGCUUCAGAAACUCCGUUGCCAAGGCUCAUGUCACCAUUCGGAUGGGAUUUCUACGCAAGGUAUAUGGAAUUCUAUCCAUCCAACUGUGUCUCACAGUAGCGCUGACGGCCAUCGCAAUGUUUCUUCCCUCAGUAAAACUAUUCAUUAGUGAAAACCACUGGAUGCUACCAACGUCAUUCGUGCUAUCCAUGGGAACUUUGCUUUGCCUUUUUGUCAAGCGAAGGGCAACUCCCGUGAACUAUAUUCUUCUUGGGUUGUAUACUAUUCUUCAAGCUUACACAAUUAGUGUUGUGGUGUCAUUCUACGAUCAACUCGUGGUGCUCCAGGCUUUCUUGCUCACUCUUGCGGUCACUGCUGCUUUGACUACAUUCACAUUACAAACGAAGAAAGACUUCACCGCCAUGCCUGCUCUUCUUCUCUCAUUCCUGCUGGUCCUUAUCCUCGGUCAGCUAAUGAACGCCAUAUUUCCAUCGUCAUCGGGUGAACUGCUUCUUUCGAUCUUCGGUGCUGGACUCUUUUCUAUAUUCAUCAUUGUUGACACCCAACUGAUCAUGCACCGAAGCUCGCCUGAAGACUAUAUGCUAGCCACCGUUGAAUUAUACAUGGAUAUUCUGAAUUUGUUUAUACACAUUCUGCGCAUUUUGGGAGAACGCAAGUAAUCAGAUUCUUGAAGUAACGCAUCCCGAAAUUAUACUAGAACGUUAAAGUAACGAUUUACACAACUUCGCACUACGAAUAGUUAGAAAACUUUAUUUUAUGGAUUUCCUUUGGCUGCGAUGUUAUGUCAGCCCAUGAAAGUUACUGCAAUGAAACGAGUGAUACUGGUGUGUUCUAAUAGUCAUGAAAGAUUAUAAUUGUUAUGCAUUAGUAAAUUCAGCUCAAAUGUCUUUAUUGUUUCGCACUGAGUGUCGUCAUAAUAACCUUAUAAUGUGAAUAAGGUUAGGUUAAUAUGAUGAUUACUAUCUCUUGCAACCCAAAUUUAUAAGAAUUAACUUUUAUAGUGGCGGUGCUCAAUAAAAUCAUUGCACCAAUUCUUGUGCGCAUAGUCCCUGAAUUAAAAAAAUAGUUUGUCUCAGCCUACGAAGACCUUGGUAAGAAAUCAUAUUAAAAAGUACACUGGAAACAUCCAUGUGGGUCUCGUGAUAAACCUAUAAUACAACAGCGAGAAAUAAAUGCCCAGAUGAGCUACAUAUAACAUAUAAUAGGUAUAAAUAAAUAAAUAAUAUUUCAAAAAAGAUACAGAGAGCACUAUUCUCAAAGUAAUAAAUAAAGACGCAGAUCCGUAAUCGACGUCACUGAUAAACGCUUUGAUAGAACUAUCCUAUGUAUGGUUAGUGUCUAGACAACACCCAGUAAAAUAGCCUUAUAGCUUUCGUGAUACUUAAGUGUUGCAUCGGGUUAUUUUUCAGUUGAUGCUAAUCGAAAGAAAAAGAGACCAAAUAGUCGACUGUUGCCAUUGGAUUUAUUGGGGAUACCCGCAGGCUAAACUUUAGCUUUGAUGAUUAUACCAAACCUUAUAUUAGUUUAACAAAAAUUUAAACAAAGAUAAAAAAAAAUAUUGAAUGAUCAAAUAAAAAAUUAAAUCUACUUAA